CGUAUUUACAAUACGUGACAAGUAUUUGGACAGAAAAAUGCAGCUCUGUUCUGUUGAUAUCUCAAAGUAGCUGGGGAUGGUCAGCGGAGAGCAUUACAACCAGCAACUACUCACUGCAGUCGAACUCAAACCAAGGAUGAAACUUGUUCUUAUUUUGACGACGUUGUCACAGAUAUUUCUUUUGGCGCAGUCGACUGCGACUGUCCAGUUUAAGUUUGUGUCCUUCAAAAAUGACGAUCACAACGACCUCAAUGGCGGUUGUUGUGAUGACAUCAUUGGAGGUUGCGAUGACUUCUGUGAUAACUACUUUCUUGUGUGUAUCGACAGGGAUGAUACCGGCUCGGAUGGCUCCUCGUGUGACAUGGCUCGUAUUUCAACUGAGAGAAUUUAUGAAGACAACGAUGAUUUCAAUUUUCCAUCGACAAUACCGAACGGAAUAGCAAACCCCCAUACCAUGUCAGUAACAUCCUGGCCGGGUGGGAUGCAAGUUUUCGCCCACGUGUGGGAUCUCGAUCCUGUCGGUGCCCACGACGAGGUUGACCGUGCUAGAAGAACCAUCGACCAGCCAGCGGCACGGCGUUCGUUCAGCGCUGUCUGGCAAGAAUAUACACUGGGUCAGCAGACAGAAUUCCGUUUUCAGGUAAAAGUCUAUUGCGAUGACCAUUACCACGGAUCGGACUGCAGUGUGCAAUGUGUUCCUACGGAUGACCAGAACGGACAUUACCGAUGCGACCCAGUAACAGGAGCCAAAAUAUGUUACAGCGGUUGGGAAGGACCUAACUGCAAUCUCGAUUAUGACGAAUGCCAAUCUAAUCCUUGUGUCAAUGGCGUCUGCGUUAAUGGAGCCAACAGAUUCAGCUGCACUUGCACGAACGGCUGGACCGGAACGAACUGUGACAUCAACGUGGAUGAAUGCGCAUCAAUGCCUUGCAAAAAUGGCGGCACCUGCCACGAUCAUGUGGCAUCAUUCAGCUGUUCCUGCCCACCUGGUUACGUAUAUGCUGAUCAGUUUUGUGAGUACGACGACUGUGCAAGUCAGCCAUGCCAAAAUGGAGCAACGUGCAACGAUCUCAUUGGGCAUUUCCAAUGUGUUUGUUUGCAGGGUUAUUUUGGAGAUCUCUGUGAGGUAGAUAUAGAUUAUUGCAUCAACCAAACCUGUGCAAAUAACGGCACAUGUGUGGAUCAACUAGACGGGUUUCACUGUCUGUGUGAGGAGGGUUUCGAAGGCGUCAUGUGUGAAGUGGAGACAGACGAGUGCACAUCUAAUCCUUGUCUGCACAACGGAACAUGCAUUGACCUCAUUGGAAAAUACCAAUGUACAUGUGAGGAAGGAUACGAGGGUACUGACUGUGAACAAGAGACAGACGAAUGCCUGAGCUUUCCAUGUAAAAAUAAUGCAACAUGUGAAGACGAGCUGGCCGGGUAUCAUUGUCAUUGUUCAGCUGGGUUCGAGGGUGACGCUUGUGAGAAUGACAUGGACGAGUGUGCCUCAUUCCCGUGCCACGCCAACGAGACUUGCGUAGACGAUAUCAACGGUUUUUGGUGUCAGAGGAUGAAUCUGUGUGACAGUGAUCCGUGCUUGAAUAAUGCCACCUGUGUUAACGACUACCCAGGGUUUAUCUGCGAAUGUACCGCCGGAUACGAUGGAAAGACAUGUGACGACGAUAUCAACGAGUGUGCUAGCUCGCCUUGCUUACGCGGCACUUGCGUAGAUCGUUUGAACGGGUUUUCUUGCCUAUGCCCGCCAGGAUAUUCUGGGUACACUUGUAAAAGUGAAACUGAUGAGUGCAACAGUUCACCCUGCGUAAAUGGAUUGUGUUGGGAUCUGAUCAAUAGCUAUGUAUGUAAUUGCACUGCCGGCUUCAAAGGCGUACUUUGUGAGGACGAAACUGAUGAGUGUAGUAGUUCCCCAUGUACAUACGGGACGUGUGUGGAUGAUUUGAACGCUUACAGAUGUGAAUGUGAUGAGUUUCACACAGGCAGAAACUGUGAUGCAGCAAUAGAUGACCCGUGUGCCCUUACACCAUGCAAGAACGGCAAAUGUGAAACCAUCGACAGUGCCAUUGACAACAAUUACAAUUGCAUUUGUUAUAACGACUUCUACGGUAAAAAUUGCGACGUAGACUUAAAACAGCACGGCGCCGUCGUCUUUGUGACAGGGACGUUGGAUAGUGAGUCUGAGUUUGCAUCACGGUUAGCAAGUCUGUUGCAGAAAUUAUACUCACUUCGUUUGUGGAACACACGUAAUGACGAAAGGGAAACAAUGUCUGUGGAAGUAGUUCGUACCGAAGACUACGUCAAAUCUGUAGACAGCUCCCUGUUGACGAGAGUGACCUUCAUAGCUUGGACGGAGUCUGGCCAUUUGCUUGAUAAGGUCACAAUAGAGGGCUUGAUUAAAGGGGCGUCGCCUGAGCUUAUUGGAGAGUUCGGCUUUGACAUCUAUUAUGGAUCUGCAGAGCCAUAUACGGGAAAGACUUGGAUUGGUUCGAACUGGUACAUCUUCGUGGUUGUUUUGGCCGUAAUUUCAUUUUUUGCGGUGGGAUUACUUGCGUAUCGAAGAGGCUAUGUUGUCCAGAUAAAGGAUGCGUUCAGUGAACGGGUCCGUGACAGGGGUCAAUCAGCACUGGAUCCACUUGACGUAGCUUACAGCACCCGGAUAUUCAGUGAAUUUCCUUCCAGCAUGCACCAUCAAGUUAACACUGUAGAGUCGAUCAACCCAGCAUACAUAUCAUGCAGUGAUGAAAAAGAUCACGCCUUCAUGUCUGGGUCCUCCGAUGAGUUCUUAGGUGCUACAGGCGGGGCCCAUGAGUCAACAGACAACAUCUAUGCGGAAAUUCCUGCAUUGAAGUGUGAAGCUGCAGCUAAAGAGAAUCCUUACAGUGAUGUGAAAACAUAAGGGUCACUUCACUGAACAAAAUCGCACAUCGAGAACUUUGGCACGUUACAAGUGGCUGCAGCUCAGGAAAACCAUUUAGUGAAGUAAAAUAAGACUUGUUUACCAACGAAAUCAUUGAUCGCCACCAUCCGCGCGUUUCAUGUUUUGAAUUAAGCCAUUUUGGACAUAGGAAUACUAGGCCUUCCUGGCUACAAAUAAUCCAAGCAAAGCAAUUUACAACCGUAUCCUAUAAUUAAAUUUAAAAAGCACAUUUCCAAUUCAGACUGUAGUCAAGAUGCCAACCAAUUUGCUCUGGUUUGGCGAGAUCAUAUUUUUUCGCCUUUUUGUAUAAAAGAUCAAUAAUUAACUACUGGUUCAAAUAGAAAGGUAAAAAAUAGAGAAAUAUCCACUCUCCACCCAGAAUUGAAAUAGCACCAAUAAUCAACAAAAGGAUAGAUACAUAUUGUGAAAUGAGAGGGCUGAGAAAUAGUUAGGUUUGAAAUAAUUUAAUAUUAAAAUUUGAAAGUCGUUUAGUUUGUUUCAACAGAAAUAUACACUUCCACGUUUUAUUUUAAUGUACUUUAAGUGUUCGACGUACAAAUCUUGCAUAUUAUACAUAAGGGAUUCGCGUCAGAGCUGAUAAAGUAUUAAAAUUAUCUAUCAUAGACAUACAGACUUGUUUUUCGCAGUUCAUAUCUUUAGAUUUUGUAAGAUUUUUGAUGACAUGUAAAGUAAAAUAUGUUUACACGAUGACUUCCUUGUGAGUCAGGAGCAGACCUCUUGUUUAUAUUAUUUGACAACCGUUAAAACAAACCCACCUUGGUUAAAAUAAUGAGGCAUGAAGUUUCUAUAGUGUAUGACUUUUACUAGAGCAACUGAGCCAGAUGACAGACCUGUGUCAGUUGAGUUAAUACUAGUAUGGCAAGAGUAAUCAUCCUUGUAAACGGACAUUUAUUUUACUUAAAUCCCUGCCAGUAACUGAAUGCUUUCAUACAGCAUCUUCAAGAAAUCUCCGAGAAAUGUUCCAAGUAAGUAUGGUUUUUGUCUCGUAUGUACACUUAACACUGCUAUCAUUAUGUAUUAAUUUACUACUGUGAUAUGUUUUUUAAAAUGAUUAUAAAAACCGCGUUAGAUAACGGUCACCGAAAUUGGUACCCAUAGAGAUGAAAAGGGUACAAGAUCGUUUGCUUCUCCAGCAAAAGCAUCCAUUUAGGAUCCCAUGAAAAGGUGAAGUUAAAGACGUUCAUUACAUGCCAGAAGAAGACACAUUGCAAACUUGAUAACAAGCUGGUCAAGUUAAAAGAGGAUCGUCAACUAUUGGCAAGAUUUCUUGUGGUUCAGCAGUAGCGACCAAGUAUAAUACAAUCGCUUAGUGAGACAAUCGGAAGAUAUGGGUUUUCAAUUAUAUGGGUAUAAUUGAAAUCGCUCUUCUCCUCAGAUGGUCUUCUUUUCCCAACUGACUAGAGUGCUGUUGUCUAUGCCAUUGAAGAGUACAACAUGGAGCCACCAAGUAAAUCUGAAGUAAAUGAUUCACACACUAUUGUGAGCUGCAACAAAGUGUGCAUAAUGAUGUAAUGGCAGUUGUCCAAUCUAUCAGGAAAGAUCUAGGGAUGGUAUAUUGCUUGGAUCUUGCAAACGCCUUUGUUCGAAGCAUAAGCAAGAUAAUAUCAGGAUACGCUAAAGCACACGUUAUCUCCGACAGAUACAUCGAUAACUUUCUGAAAGCUCAGACCGUGGCAAGAGGUUUGCUGGAUUUGACCCUGUUAGGUUUGAUGUCAAAGACUCAACUAAUAUCAAGCUAGUACCACUCAAAACCCUGCUGUCUCACAAUGAAAGUCCAAACUAACAGAAUACUUGGGGAAAGCUCUACUUAAAGAAUUUGCAGGCAGUUGCAAAAGCAUAGUAGUUGUCUAUGGAAUCUCAUCGCCCUCCAACAAACCAGAUGUCUUUGAUUCUAACAUUGGUGAACACUCGCACGAAGAGGCAGACACCUUUAUCCCACUGCACGUACUUGAUUCAUUCCAAUCUAACUGACACAUAUGAGAUAUAGACGUGCAUUCACAAGAUACAGAUGUGGUCAUUUACCUAAUGGACUUAUAGUCUUCUCCCAUGACAUUCCAGAUGAGCUUCGUUUCAUCACAGGAAAAGGGAAAGCGAAGCGUGUAAUUUACGUACGCAAUACGCUAUUGGAAGAAAGAAAAGCAAAGGUCUUGUAGGUCUUCAUGCCUGUGGUGGUGCUGAUUGAGGAGUCAAAUUUGUAGGUAUAUCCAAAGCUAGGUGGACUAAACAAUAUCUUAGCCUGGAAUCAGAUUGUAACAUCGUUGAUGUUUUCCAGAAAUUUGGUGAGAAUGGAUUUGAUUUGGACAGCGUGUCAAAUGUUCUCGAAAAGUUUGUGUGUACACUAUACGCCAAGAGCACCAAACGCAGCAGUCAAGAAACUGAGAUAGGAAUUAUUCAAAUGCAAAAAUCAUGAAGCCGAAAAGUUGUCACUUACUCUUAGAACACUAAAACUGUGCAUUCAGAUAGCGAACCUCAUCCUCAAAUUGCCAAAGGUUACAAACAGCCGAGGCCCCAAAUACCCCUUCUUACCGACAAUGGAUGGGAAAGACCUCAAAUGAAACAAUUUCUCCAAAGAUGUGUCUGGAGCUAUUAGCACCUCGGGCUAUUGUUGAACUUGUCAAAUGUGGAUGUUGUGGUGUAUGUACCAGCCAUUGCUCCUGUCUAAAAAUAACUUGCCAUGUACACCUCUUCGUAAAUGUAGCGACUGUGGCAACAAAGUGGAUUACAAUAUGAUAGGUCAAGAAGACUCUGACUUGGUAACUUUGUAACUGUUCCUAUGUAAUUUAGCACAAGUCAAAAAAGUCGAUCAGGAAAAAGACUUAAAGUACAUACCACGUGAACAAGCUUCCUCUAGCUGAAAUUGAAACUAAAAAUAAAACUCAUAAAGUAGUAAAGCAAUUAAUUGAUGUACCCCAUUUGGAUUUUCUGUAGACAGUUCUGACAGUGUAUGAGACAAAUUAGCCAUACAUGUGAUAUCUAUGCUUGAUUGAUAUGGACCCAGUUAAGAAUUGUGAUACUGUAUGAAACAGGUUAAAUAAAACUUAAGCAGAU